UUUAACACAAGAACUGGCCACUGAAUGAUACCAUAUAAACCCUGAGCAAGGGGGCUGACAGUAGACACUUUCUGCUCUGCCUUGACACAGAAGCCACAGCAAUGAAGCUCCACACUGCAGCAAUCCUGCUCCUCUUCUGGCUUGGCAUCUUCACUGUGCACACAGUCAAAGGGAGUGCUGGUACACAGCGCAUGAACAAAUACCGAUGUGUCAAUCUGUCCACAAAUCGGUUGAACAUCCAAAAUCUUGUGAGCUAUGAAAGGCAACAAGUACCUACAGAUGCCAUCAUGUUUAUUACUGCAAGAGGUAUCAGGAUCUGUGUCAGCGCUAACCAGAAAUGGGUGCAGACUGCUAUAAACCAUAUAGAUCAAAGGCGUGCCAAACGCAAAUAA